CACGUCACUGGUGACGCGCCAGGGGCUAUUUAAGACCGGGUUGCGGCGCGAGGUAUGUUAGUCGCUCGCCUCGUUUGACCGCUGUGUGCGCGCUCUCGUGACCUGCCCGGUGAGUACCUCAGGGAUCGCUCUCUCUGCCGCCCGGGGUGAUCCCCGCGGGCCCCGCAGCUCACCCCGAGCUCGGCUCGUGUUAUAUCCCGCCAGGCGCACUUCGCUGGAGUCUGAGUGUGCUCGGAUCCGGCUGUUUCCGGUGCCCGUACCGGUUAACGGCCGCCGUUACCGCGAGGAGGUCUCGGUAAACGGUCUGAUAGAACCUUCCUGGGCGGCUCCCGGUCGGUCCUGGCUCCGGGAUGCGGCCAGUUUCCUGGGGGUUUUUUGUUUUCCCGCCUCCCCCCCCCUCUCCCGGAGCUCGCGCCGCCCGGCCGCCAUGUUGUCUCGGUGUGAGGAGACGGGACGUGAGCAGAGCCAGCCGCGUAAUGGAGGAUCCGGCCCCCGUGGUGACCCGCCAUCUGCUAACACAGCUCCCCGUGUGUCCCCCCUCCCGGGGCCCCGAUAUCGCCCUCCCUGCCCCAGCCUCUCUCCACACACUGGGCUGGCUGUCUCCUAAAGCCAUUUUGUGUUUCUGUAAUUUUUGAAGCAGGCUUUUGUUUCUGGAUUCUCUAUCUUAUUAAUGUGACCGUCCUGUGCCGGGCAGGAGCUGGCAGGAUUAUUUAUCUCCGUAUUUCAGUGAUGGGAGGCUGUGAUUUUGUGGCUGUAGGUGAUAAACCGUUGCAAUGUGGUUAUUAUAAUUUGUGUUGAGUGUAUGUGGAGCCAGAGAUAAUAAUCACAUAAUGGCGGGGGAUUGCUAGGCAUGCCAUGUGGCAUAGUAGGCGCUAGGGGCAGCAGUGAGCAGCUCAUCAUACAUGCUGUGUCUCAGUGUAAAAUAAAUACAGCAACCUGGAGCGCUGUGCUGGGAGUGACUUGCCCAGUAUGCACAAUAUUAGGGAUUUAAAACACAAAAUGCAGGGUUUUUUUUUGUUUUUUUAAACUUAAAUGGCCGGUUUGACUUUUUUUUUUUCACUGUUAACUUGCUAUAUUGUCCUGAACUUGGCAAACUUAAUUGCUAAUAACUACUAAAUAUAUUUUUGUUAAACCAUCGUUCUCUAUGUAAAGUUUGAUUUUACUAAACUGUAGAAACUUGAGCAAACAGGUGAGCUUUGACUGGUUUUGGGGAAACUGUUAUAUAUCUGCUUUCUUGGCUUAAUAAUUUGCUUCACCUAUUUAAAGGAACACUAUCUGGAUUACAAAAUUGUUCUGUAAUAAAUUGGGCUACACCCAUCUCUAAAUACUUAAGGUUAUAUUACUCAUUAAUCCAUUGCUGACUCCACCUCUGUGUAAUUAAGACAUUUUGUUCUGAACAAAUUUAAUGCUUUCUGUAGAAUGGUGUUUGCACAGCAAUACACCUGUCGAUCAGCAUUUCCUCAUAGCAAUUGAAUUAUUGUGUUUAUAUAGGUACAUGGAGACACUAAAUGCCACUUGGAAAGCAUCUUUAGUUUCUUUGGGACUGCCACUAUAGUUGUAACUAGCAAGCACUGUAAAAACAAGUGUUAAGGCUGCAUUGACCUGCUAUAGACACCAGAAUCAUGCAUCUAUCACUACUCUUGUGGGGGGAGGAGGUGGGCUGGUAAUUACAAUGGAGGGUGUAUGUUACUUUUGUUCUGAGUGAUUAUUUGUACUAAAUUUUAUUUAUUGUAUUUUUAAUCAAGGUUUUGCAAGUGAAAAGCUAUGGCUCGUACCAAGCAGACUGCUCGUAAGUCUACUGGAGGUAAAGCUCCCAGGAAACAGCUUGCUACUAAAGCAGCUAGGAAGAGUGCUCCUUCUACAGGAGGUGUCAAGAAGCCUCACAGAUACAGGUAUGUUCCAAAAUGUCUAAACGUUUUAUAGCUAGUCAGUAACAUGUGGUAUUGUUCCAUUGACUGACUGUGCUAGAGUUUUCCAACUCUAAUUUAACCUAGAAUUUGCAGUUUCCUUAUCGCUGCGCCAGUUAAGUGAACUAAAGCUAGUAGCACCUGAAAGGCAAACUAAAGUGCCAGGAAAAAACACUUUUUUUCCCCUGGCACUAUAGCUUCACUCUGUCAAGCCCUCUCCCCUGUUCGUUAACACCUUAUACCACUUAAAGGGACACUGUAGUCACUAUAAGCAUUUCAUCUCUUUGAAUUGGUUAUAGUGCCUGGAGUGCCCUGGCAUUGUCCCUCAUUCAGUGUUGAACCAUGUUUGUGCAGUAUGCCACACAAUAAGAGUCCCAGGCCACCCACAGUCCGGCACCUUCAGUAUGUGUAGCUAAGGCAGAGAUUACACACUUCCUUGUCAUACCGUCAGUUGGAACUCUGACAGGCUAAAAGCAGUCAGCUGAAACUCUCAGCCAAUCACAGCUGUCCAUUGCUGCUCAGGCUAAUACUUCCUUAUUAGCUAGAGCAGCACAGAGGGGAUGGAUUGCCUGGGACUCUUGUUUAGCAUUAAAACUUUUAAAAACUGUUUAAUGCUGAAAGAAAUGAUGGUACCAGAGGACUCCAGACACUAUAACCAGUUUAAUGAGAUGAAGAUACAGUGCCUACGGUGUCCCUUUACCUGUGUACAGUGCCAAUGUCCUUCAGCACUGGCUCGACUCCACCCAUGUUCCUAAUCGGCUGGUGGAGAUCUAAUGCACAGCAAUGGCCCCACUCACUUGCUUCCCCCAGGAAAGCAUCGCUCAGUGCUUUCCUAUGGGGAUUCCGGUGACUUUAGGAAGUCCUCGUGCAUAGCAUGAGGACAUCCAGAAACAUUUAGGUGACGAAAAGUUGCCUAUCAAACUGUAAGUCCCUCUAAUGGCUCUCUGGUAGGUUUAUAAACUGCAAUAAUCACAUGUUAAAGGUGAUGGGAGUCUGUACCCAGACCACUACAACCAGCUGAAGUGGUCUGUGUGCCUAGUGUCACUUUAAGUCUAGUGCUGCAGUACUCUACCUUAGUAACUACUAAACCUCUCAAACCCUGGUCCAGUGCCUUCUGCUCUAUAUAAAAUGGUUCUCAAACUUGGUUUUACAUGAGACAACAUGGGUGGCUGUGCUUUAGAUGGAGGUAGGAACUUUAGUUGUGAGGCUGGCAAGAAUGCCUUGCAAAUACAAACUGAGUAAGGAGCACAACCAUAAAUGUUUCGUAUACAAAAACUUUAUUCAAUGGAUACACACUAAUAGAAUCUCAUUACAUGAAAACAAGAUAGUCAUAAUGUUGUAAAGCAACAACCAGAAACUCUGUAUAUGUAUAUUCGCCAAAUGCAUAAUAUAUGAAUAGCAAAAUAUCAGUAUCAUAGGCAAUAAAAUGGGAUACCAAUACAAUCCAACCCCACAAAUACAUAUAGAAAAAAGCAUACCAGACCUAGUUAGAAGCAGGGACAUUCAAUAAAAAAACAAUGUUUUGGUGAAAUGCCUUUAUCAAGGGAGCUUCUGAAUGCUUUGCACACAGAUUGCCCCUUGUCUUUUCAACCCUAGUAAAUAAGGCUGUGAUCAAGGCAUUAAUGCAGAUCAGGCCACCUGCAAUUUGGUACCUAGGAAUUUUCUUGUGACUACAACUAUUCAAUGAAGUGUGGCUUGAAAUAGGCUGUUAAACUGAGGCACCUUAUUUAUAAUUGUUACUUGAGCUAGUGUACUAACAUGGAAGACUGUAUCUUUAUGAAUUUUUUUGGUUAAUAUGCCAUGGAUUCAGAAGCUCACACUAAAACCAUAAUCUGCAGUCACUAGUAAUAUUAUAUAAUUUUCAAUCUAAUCAAUUUCUCUAACAAGGCCUGGCACUGUUGCUCUGAGAGAAAUCAGAAGAUACCAGAAGUCUACUGAGCUGUUGAUCCGUAAGCUGCCAUUUCAGCGUCUUGUGAGGGAAAUUGCUCAAGACUUCAAGACUGAUCUGAGGUUCCAGAGUGCAGCUAUUGGUGCUCUCCAGGUUUGUAUUGGUAACAUAGCGUGGGUUUUUGCUUUCUUCUGUGUUAACAGACUUUUCUAAAUGUCUUCGAUCUUUUGCAUUUUAGGAAGCAAGUGAGGCUUACCUUGUUGGCCUCUUUGAAGAUACCAACUUGUGUGCUAUCCAUGCAAAGAGAGUAACCAUUAUGCCAAAGGAUAUACAGCUAGCAAGGAGAAUCCGUGGAGAACGUGCUUAAUUUUUGUUGGGAGUUCUGUUUUUGAUCUUAGUUUCUUGUUUUUGUUCAGAAAUUUCUUUUUUACAAAUUGUACAUAAGUGUGUCUUUAUUUUAUAAAGGGUUUGUUAAUUGUAGGGUAGUUGACAGUAAACUGGUAGUGAACAUUUUAUAUGACAUUCCCUUACUCCUCAGGUUUUUCAGAAAAUUUGUAUCUUCAGCUAGCUUUGUGACCCUUUUCAUUAAAUCUGGUCAGCAUGCUUAAUCUAAUUUCUUUACAUACCCUAUCUUUCAUUGUAACUCCAUUGUAAAUAAACUUUCCACUACCUCAACCUGCUGGAAUUGGUUUAAUAUCUAUAUUAGACAGGCUUACUCUAUCAAAAGGUGUAACAUGUAGUAAGCACUGAGGUUUUUUUUUAUAAAUUCAAACUGAUGCAAUUUAGUCUGUCUAGGCACAUUAAAUUUUUGUUAUCAAACAGACUUUGGUUAUUAAACUAGUGCUUAUACUAGUUGCUACUUUCCAAUCUCUAAAUUUCUUGAAUAUAUUGGCAACUCAUGAGCCAUAACUUAACUGGGAAAUCUUCUUGUGAAACCAUGCCAUAAGGUAAGGGUGCUAUAACUAUCUCUCAGCACAAGUACAAAGACCCCUGUAUCUGCAGUGGCUACAGCAGAAAUGCUGUAGAUACCGAUUACUUCCUCCAUGAACUCUUCUAAAAGUAUAAGUGUUUCUAGAGAUUAAAGGAACAUCAUAAUUAAUGCAUCAUAAGUACUAGUCUGUAAGAGUACCAUAGCACCAUAAUAGAAGUAAAACUUGGCAGCAGACUGGCUGUGUCCAUUGUGGCCGAGCGGUGAGGGAGCUGACAUAAUCGGUAGUUUCAUUCCCAUAAUUGCUAGAAUGAUUCUACCGACCAAUCAGACGAAUACUGCAUACAUUUCCACAUAUAACCUUGCAAUUUAACCGAAGACAUUCAAAUACCUGAAAGUACCUUAAAAGACACAAAUUGUGAUAGUUCAAUGUCCUUUGUUGCAUAAGGUAUAUGGUCCGAAGUCUCUGUAAUUGUACUUGGCUAGGUCUUAAAGGGCCGGUAGUGCCAUCCUUAAUCCCAGCCAUUGUACUUAAAGGGGUCCUAUCUUUACAAUAAUCACUGGGCAGGAAGUGCGCCAGCAGCCCCCUCCAGGAAACUGGGGCGUACUCUGGUAUAGGACCCAGUCCGCUACACAUACAUUUAAAAAGCCUGCAGGGACAGGCUUUAGCCACCAGAAUUACAUUAAGCUGUCGUUCUUGUGACUAAAGCUUAUCUUUAAGUAAUAUUUCAUACUGCUUUUAGAUGUUCAACACAGUAUUUCAUUUAAAGUGCUGGUGCAAGGUUUCUGGGUGUUUAAACAGUCUCACGUAGAUGGUUUCCCCACCACCCACCUUUCUUCAAUGGGAAGAAUUUUCCAAGCAGGAUGCCAUCACUGACCACAGAUUGGUAAUAGGUGUGACAUGUACAUUCCUCUUGCAAGCCUUAUGUUCUCAGAUAAAUAACAUCUGUCAUGUAGUUACUGCGACACCACCCUAAUUAUUAAAUGUUUAUAGAAUACAUAACCUAGUUCCACUCGCACAAGUGCUAUAUGUCUUUACUGUGCAGCUGUUGCCUUUAUAGUUGCAGCCUUUUUGGAAGAGGAAGCAAUUGGAAGGUAACAAAAACCUCUUUAUAGCUUCAAGAUUAAAGGGACACUAUAGGCACACAGACCACUUUAGCUCAUUGAAGUGGUCUGAGUGCAGUGUCCCUAUUGCUGCAAUGUUGGCAGGGCAGAGGUAACAGAUUUUUUUUUUUUCCCCAUAGGAAAGGUCUAAUGCGUGACUUUAUUCCUGGCACUAUAGUAUCCCUUUAAAAAGUGCAAAUUGUGCAUUCAAAGU